CGCGGCGUACCGGAAGUAGACGUGGCAGAUGGAGCAGCCGCCGAGUGCAGUGGAGGCGGCCCGGGGUGUCGGGCUGCAGGGCGCCCGGUCGCCGACUCGGCUCUUGAGUUAAGUGCCAGCGCCGCUGGGCGACGGCUGCGAGGAUGCUGCGUGAGCGGCUGCGGCCCGGCUCGGGUUCGGGCUGCGGCUCCGGGCUGGGGCUGCUGCCCCUACUGCUGCUGCUGGCCGGCGCCGUGGUCAGGCUGACCCGCAGCAGGACCGUGGCCGUGCUGAGCGAUGAUGUCCCCUUCAGGAUAACGUGGCCCGGGCCCGAGUUCACGCUGCCAACAACUGGUGGCCUGUAUAAACCUGAUGAUUUUAUAAUUAUCACUACAGCUCACAAUGAAAGAUACAAAUGUAUGUUACCAUCAAUUGGUAAUGGAGAUCAGGAUGAAGAUAAUGAUUACAAAGGUCAUGGGCCUGGUGAACUAUUGGAACCACUCCUUAAGCAGAGCAGUUGCUCUUACAGGAUUGAAUCUUACUGGACUUAUGAAGUUUGUCAUGGAAAACAUAUUCGCCAAUAUCAUGAGGAAAAAGAAACUGGACAGCAGAAAGUCAAUAUCCAAGAGUAUUAUCUUGGUACCAUGACUACACCAACUGAUUCUGAGGCCAAAGAUCCCGCUGCAAUGCAGCCAGAUGAAUCCGAAACUGAAACGGAGAAAUUUAAAGUUCACACCAAAAACAUAGAAGGACAGAUCACUCCUUAUUACCCAGUCAUAAUGGGAAAUGGUACACCUUGCAGCUUAAAACAGAACAAACCAAGAGUAACCACUGUCAUGUAUGUCUGCCACCCUGAAGCCAAACAUGAGAUCCUCUCCGUUGCUGAAGUCACUACCUGUGAAUAUGAAUUAGUUAUAUUGACACCACUAUUGUGCAGCCAUCCUAAAUACAGAUUUAAAACCUCCCCAGUUAAUGACAUAUUUUGCCAGUCGGUACAUGGCUCACCAUUAAGGCCUCAAAGCCUUGAAGAGUUAGAAAAACAGCAAGAAGAAAUGAUGAAACCACCUUUUAAUAACCAAAGAAUCCAAGAGGAGAUAGAUGCAACAUCCACAAAAGAUGAUAAGUUUGCAACCCACAAAUCUAUCAGCAUUGGUGGACAACAGCCAGUUGCUGUAGGAACCAUUCACAUCUCCAAACUGACCGAUGAACAGCUCAUUCAGGAAUUUCUAAGUGGCUCCUAUUGUUUCCAUGGGGGCGUAGGAUGGUGGAAAUAUGAAUUCUGCUAUGGUAAACAUGUGCAGCAGUAUCACGAGGAUAAAGGAUCUGGAAAAAACAUUAUUGUGGUUGGAACCUGGAAUAAAGAAGAGCACAUCACAUGGGCAGCAAAAAAUUCAGCAAGGUCUUAUCAAUGGCGAGAAGAUGGAACACAAAAAGUGAGAGUUGUUUCACAUUUCUAUGGAAAUGGAGAUCUUUGCGAUUUAACAGGAAAACCACGACAAGUGGUUGUAAAAUUGAAGUGUAAGGAAUCAGAAUCCCCACAUGCAGUCACAAUCUACAUGCUUGAGCCACAAACCUGUCAGUACAUUCUGGGGGUGGAAUCACCGAUAAUUUGUAAAAUUCUGGAUACAGCUGAUGAAAGUGGAUUGUUUUCAGCACCCCACUAAAUAAAUGCGCAACUGGAUUUCUGUUGGUGGAAUAAAAUUGACUGUUCUAAAUAGUUGUGGACUGGACACGUGGUAUCAAACUCUGUGAUGAAGGUUUAUUACAUAUCAGUUCCUUUUAGAAAUGGACACCUGGAAAUAAGUAUUUGACAGACAUCUGUGUAUAAAUAAAGAAACAGAGGAACCAAUCUACAGUGAUUGAUUGUAAAUACACUAUAAAAAGACUGCAUUGGAAUACCUGUUGAAUUUGUAAAAUGUUUGAAAUAAUACUUGAAACUUGUACAUCUGCUGUGCUAAAUGUAAUUUUACAAAGAUGUAAAUUUUAAAUUUAAACUUUUUCCAGAUCUUUACUUCAAGGGUCAUCUUUGUGUUAAAUUCUUUCAGUUACUUGCUACUUUGAUACCUUUGGAAGUGUUUAUUUACUGCACCACAACUAUUUGAUGCUCUAAAUCUCUCCCAUAAACAUUUUAAUGUUUAUCAUUUUCCAUUCAAUUUUUUAACACUUUGAAAAGUAUUAUGACCUCUGAUUCUCCAUACUUUAAAUGUUGGUUAUAAAAAUGCACAUAGUUUUCUUAUGUCUGAAUAAACAUUCAAGUGCAAGUUGUGGAAAA